CAUUGCUGGCACGGUGGUGCCGAGGUGCGUCUAGGAGUUGGACCAACGGCCUGAAUUUUCGUACGCACAUCCGCUCGGAGAACGUCAGCGGGGGCUUUAGGGUCAGGAACGUGAACUGCGCGAAAGGAUUCGGCAGGGUCGAAAUAAAAGUCUGAAUGUACGCCGAGCGACAAGCUGAGUACUGUCGUUUUGCCUGUCGACAUUCAUCAAUGGUUCAGCCAAUCCGUGCGGCUGAUUUGCCGAUAGUUUUUCUCCUAGCUAACUUGGAAAUCGCUUCAGCCGAACUUUGACUGCGUUACCACGCUAACGGUCGAGACGGUGCAAUAUGCGCGUCGCACUAUAACAAGAUGGCAUUAGUUACUUUCUCGCGGUUUUUCUCCGCAUACCUGUUUGCAGAAUUUCCAACGUGGCAGAGUUCAUGUAUAAAAGCGAGCUGGGAUGCCGACCAUGGAACCUCGGUCUAGUGAGUGUGAUAGUGCUCGGCCUGUCGAACAUGCUGCUGACAUUCCUACUCUUGCAAUCGGAGAGUUGCGUGGAGCCGCUAAACAUCGAGGACAAGGAUCUGAUACAGUCGGAUCUUCUACCCACACAAUCAAAUCCAUGUUCAUUCUCGGUUCCGUACUCUCAAGAAGCUUCGAUAGAUGACUCUGCAGUAUUGAAUCUCGACGUACAUUUAGGCCAUUGGGAUGCCCGGAGACUCUAUCGCAUGUUCGACAACGUUAUGACGGGUAAUCGUUUCAUCGAUAUAUCGGAGAAAUCGAAAGUAUGCCUAGCAACGCAAUCAUCGUUAGAAAAGUUAAGCUCGUUGGUACAAGUUGUUCAUCAGUGGACUGGUUCGAUGUCGGUCGCACUGUUCGCCGCUGGCGAUGAAGAGUUCCAAGUGAUGCAAAGAUAUUUGGAAUAUAUGCGACGCUGUUACGAGCCGAUACGCGAGCGAGUUACCUUCUCGCUGGCUGUGCCGAAAAAUCGAGUUCCCAAAAGGCAAUCACGAUACUAUCCCCUACCCGAUUUCCUUGACUGCCAGAAACCCGAAGCAACGCUCAAUCAAAUGACUCGCUCGAUUUCCAAUGAGCAGACUAACUGGCGUAUAAGGAACGUUUAUCCGCAGAAUCAUAUGCGCAACCUGGCAAGGAAGAACUGUCAAACUGAUUACGUUUUCCUCACCGACGUCGAUAUUGUACCGAGCUCAAAUCUUAGUCGUGUACUUGAGGAGUUUUUGAAGAAUGACGAGUGCGAUAAAUGCGCUUACGUUAUACCUACUUAUGAACUUGACGCUAGGGUCAGAUUUCCACAGAGUAAGAGCGAAUUGAUCAGGUUGGCUAAGAAAGGAUUGGCGAGGCCAUUUCAUCAGAAGGUUUUCAUACACAAUCAGUUCGCUACGAAUUUUACGAGGUGGAUGCUGGACGUGAGCGCUGGUAAUAAAGGCAACGAGAACUUAAAAAACGGGCAUGCCUACGUGAGCCACGACGUGACCAACUUUGAGUUCCUCUACGAGCCGUUCUAUGUUGCUCGAGACAUCGUGCCACCGCAUGACGAGCGUUUUAUGGGCUACGGAUACACCAGAAACACCCAGGUGUACGAAAUGUACGUAGCUGGUUACAAGUUCAAGGUACUCUCACCGGUGUUCACUGUCCAUUGGGGCUUGCAGACGCGUAAGAGUCGGCCAGCAUGGCGAGAGCGACAGAACAGCGUCAAUCGCAAACACUUUGAAGUCUUCAAGAAGGAGGUGUUUGCGCGAUAUACUCGAGAUCCACUCAAGAUGAUCAAAAAUCCUCGCUGAUAGCAACAAUGUUUUUGUCAAUCAAUGGCCUGAUGCACAUUCCUUUACACGCAUCCUAUCGAUAUUCUCUUGGUGCUGAUACCCAUCGAGUAAGUGAAUUUUUCUUUUUUCCAUUGGUUCGCCAAUUGUACGCAUGGAUUAUACGUAAUUUUUCUUUUUAGAAGGAAAUUGUAAAAUCUUUUUUUUUGGCUUAUCAAAUUGGCAAUCGAAAUUGGUAAGCAGUCAUUGAUAAGGAAUAAAAAAAUCUUGAUGCAAUUGUUAACACGUUGAAAAAUGAAAUAGCAAAUUUACGAAAUGAUCUAACAUAGCACAAUAACUAAACUAAAAGAUAACGAAAAAUAUCACUAAUUAAAUGAAAUAACAUGUAAUGAAUAGAUAUUACGAAGACAUUGAAACUUGGAAUAAAGGGUUAAAUAAAUAUUAGCGCAACGAAAACAGUAUUCUUCUAUAACUCGAUUUUUUGACAAUACUUUUUACUGUCCUUUCAGAAAAAAUAACUCAUUGAUCUUCAAAUUAUGUCACUUUUCUUCUUUGAAAUUUUUAUCAAUAUUAUAUAUUAUAUGUCUAAUUAUUUAUUUAAGAUGAAAUCUUAACACGAAAGCUUUUCAACACUUUUACAAUUUUUGUACCGUACAAUUUAUAGUAAUUUUAAUAAGUUUAGUUGAUAAGCCUGACAGACGCAAUACUUAUUGCGAAUAAAAAUGUUAUACGGAAAAAUGUGUUAGGAAAUAUAGAAAUCUGGCGCAUUUAAUCUUAUUGGCAGAGUACAUUAAUGUGCCAAACAAAAUAUAUUCUGUUGUGGACAGCGUAAGAUAAUUAUACAUGUAAUUCGUAAACUUUUUUCUGAACAUUAAUGAAAAUAUCGAUCCAAUCAUUGUUUAUCCACAUAAAGUAUGAAUUUCAUGUAAUAUAAAAGAAACAUUUGAUGCUUUUGAAAUUACUUUCAUUUUGUUUCGAACGCAUUGCAUUUUUGGAUAAUGUGUGGGUUUUUAAAGCUGUAAAGAUCGAAAGAUGUUUUAUAUGAAAAUUUUUACGAAUGUGUACAAAAACAAAAGUUGAUAGCGGAAUCUUGCGAUUGCUUAUUAUGCAUUUUUAUAAAUUUGUGAAGAUGUUAAGUGUAUCGACGACUUACGUGGCUGAGAA